CCCGGCGUCGUGUUCAGUCGCAACUUGUACUCGAUCGUGUGACAACCGCAAACGGCACGCUUUGAAUUUGAACUAGCACUAAAGUGCUUUUAGAUGCUUAUGCGCAAGACGAACGGCUGUGCAUUGAGAACACGUUUUGAGACCCUUAAAACGGGCAUCUCCGGUAGCAGUUUCCAGCAGUAGCUAUCGGUUGCUCUCAGAAGCAUCUGUUUGUCUAUUUGAAAAGUGAGUCAAGAAUGGAAACUAUGCUGUGAGAUAUGGAUGCAGAGACUGAUAGUGCAACGUGUUAAUCUUUCGAACAAGAAUUGCCAUAGUGAAAUGAUCUGGAGGAAUCCUCAACUCAACGACAGAAGAGAAUUACUUGAAGAGUGAACCAAUAUAAACUACCUGAACUACUGAAAACAGCAGUGCAAUUUGAGCGAAACAGUUGAGAUUUGGUUAUGUCAUGUGUUUUGUAUAUCUCGUCGUUUGCGCUCCAGUGCUUCUAUGAAACGUGAAUAGUGGUGGAAGUGCGAAACUUGAAAAGUGAUUUUUUCGUUGUUUUUGUCUAGUGGAGUGGCGAGUUCGAGAAACAUUGAGAGUCAUUGCGAAGAUAAUCCAAUCACGCAGUCAAGAUGCGAUUUGUUUGAACAAACGGUUACAUUCCAACGGGCACGGCUUCAUUCAGGACUUGGUGGUCGUUCUAGUUAGAUAGAUCACAUCCAUCGCCAUGGGCAAAUCGGUUUAUACAAUCAAUGCGGAGAGCCCCAGCGUGAAUGGGACCGCGACUAUGGAAGCGAAAAACGGAAUAGUCAAAGUGAAAACCGGAGAUGAGCAAAAACCGGAAGCGGGAAAGUUCCGAACGAUCCUGCCGCAGAUAUUGGCCAGCACGGCGAAGAACUUCCUGUUACUGGAUUUGGGAAUGGCGGUAGCUUUGCCCACUAUUGUCAUUCCGGCGCUGCGCGGUUUGAAGAAUCGCGCUCCUGAUGAGUUUCUGCAUUUCACACCUGUGCAGGCCUCGUGGUUCGGAAGUAUAGCCUACAUUUGUCAGCCGGUUGGUAGUGUUCUAUCUGGUAUAGUGUUGGAGCCUUUGGGGCGGAAACGUUCGAUGAUUUUAGUUAACAUUCCUCACAUAAUUGCAUGGUUGAUGCUGUAUCAAGCCGGGUCGCUGGAGGAGAUGUAUAUAGCUGCUAUAUUACUGGGACUAGGUGUUGGAUUCAUGGAAGCACCGAUCGUAACAUAUGUAGGCGAAAUAUGUCAACCAUCGAUACGAGGCAUAUUAACAUCUUGCGCAGGAGUGGCUGUGAUGCUGGGCUUUUUCGUCGUAUUUCUUCUGGGAACGGUAACCACGUGGCGAAUAACCGCUGCAAUAUGCGUUACCGUUCCGCUGGCUACGAUGAUUGCAAUAUGUUUCGUGCCGGAAACUCCCAUGUGGCUACUGUCCAAGAAUCGUAAGGAAGAUGCCCGCAAAUCGCUACAGUGGCUGCGCGGUUGGGUUUCACCGGAUGCGGUGGAAAAGGAGUUCCAAGAAAUGCAAAGAUAUAACAAAAACGCCGCACAAUGCACUCCGUGUCAAAAAUCUCAGAACUCCAAAUGUGACCAUCCACCGCCAAGCGAGUGGAUGAAACUGAAAGAACUCAUGAGGAAACGUAAUCUACGACCGUUCGCUUUAGUCAUGUUCCUGUUUGUGUUCGGUCAGCUUAGCGGGUUAACCGGAAUGCGGCCUUAUUUGGUGCAGAUUUUCCAAGCUUAUGGAGUACCAUUGGACGCUAACUGGGCCACAGUAUCGACAGCACUGUUGGGAUUGGCCGCGAAUAUAGUUUGUAUGGUGAGCAUCAAGUUCGUCGGCAAACGAAGGCUGGCAUUGUUCUCGUUUACUCUCACAUCGCUGUCUUGCCUUUCGUUGGCGGUCUAUGCAUUCAACGUAUUCCCACCUGGAUGGUCAUCAUCAGAUGCUCACGACAGCGUCAACACGGCCAACGGUCUCAACUAUCUGGCCAUGUUUCUAUUCUUCACUCUGGCGUUUGCUACAAGCGUCGGAGUGCUUCCGGUGCCAUGGAUUCUGCUGAGCGAGGUGUUUCCUUUCAAGAAUCGGAGCCUGGCAUGCGGAAUCACUGCAGCUCUCAAUUACGCCAUGACAUUCGUAACGACCAAAACCUAUUUUAACCUGGAAAGUUCCUUCUCCCUUCCAGGUGUGAUAAUGUUCUACGGUAUUUGUGGCGCCAUAGGAGUUCUGUUUGUCUAUUUCUUCCUGCCGGAAACGGAGAAACGUACCCUGGAAGAUAUCGAGCUGUACUUCUCCGAUAACAAUAGGAAACUUACGGACAUUCACAUCGAACGGUACCAUCGAGACAAGGAGAAGGGGGUGGCUGUCAUCACGGACCCCGAAUCGAAGCAGAAGCAGGGCAUUGACAAUGCGGCUUAUUCUGAGGGCGAAAAAUGAAUCUCUUAUCGUCUUACGUAUUAAUUUAUUCUAAAGACACAGAUUUUAUAUAGUUCUAAGUUGCCAUAAGUGGAAUAAAAUGACAGAUUUUACUUUUAAAA